GAGCAUGACAUGGCGCAAGAGGCCCGUUAUCUCAGACAAGAUUCCGCGAAGGUCUCUCUCAGCUCUCUCCCCAGCAGUUUCACCUCUAGCUGUCCACCUCACGAACUGCAGGACCUGCUGGACAAAAGGGUCUAUUUGGAGGACAUGGAGAAGUCUUUGUUUCACACACUUCAAAGCACGCUGAAGGAGCUUGGUCUUCCUAAGACCAGAGAUUGGACCCCCCUCUGUCCCACACCAGGUGACUGCUACUACACGGAGAUGUGUAUCUGUGUUUUGGGGUCCCCUCUACCCUACCUUUCUCUCCUGUUAGAGGCUGGACAAGUUAGCCCAGGGGACUCUCUCCUGUGUCUAUCCCCAUCCUGGCUUUCUCGUUCUGCCUCCAUGCUCCUUGUCCAUACCGCGGUGGCCUUUGACCUGGGUGGCCACUCAAGCCUUCUCCAGUUCAACCCGCCCCGUCGGGUCACGUAUUUCCUGUCUUGUGCCCCUUUUGCUGGAGAAGAUCUGACUCGAGGGACAGACUGUCCAAUGGGGGGGUCCGACAAGCUAGGGCAGUUUUGGGGUGACAUCUUGACUGCCAGGGUCCUUCUACAGAGAGAAAAGAUCAAGUGCCCCGCAACUCUUGCCCUUCUCCUGCCACCAGCUCAGAGGGGCGUGGAGGAGGGACAUGUGGGGGACACAGAGGUAGUCUUUCUUGACUCAGAGACACAAAAAGGGACGGACUUCAUCCAGAACAAGAUACAUGCAUUCCUGGAGUGUGACGCUUUGAAACAAGCAGAAAAGGUAGUUCUGAGGUCCACCGGAGGCAGAUGUGUGAAUGGUGUUGCUGGACCAAUUUAUCUGCCACAAGGAAACAAAGAAGAAGUGUGUAAGAAGGUGCAACAGUUGUUGUCCCUGCUGCUCCCUGGGCAGUCGGUGCUCGUGGAGGCCUACAUUGCUCCCUUGAGACCUGGACCUCAAGUACAAGACCACAGACAUGUACAGUGCACUGACUGCAGCUCUCCGACCCCUGAGUUGUCUUUCAGAGUCUGUGCCAUUGUGACUCGCUCCCCCCAAAAUGUGCCUCUGCUGUACAAGCUGGUGUGUAAAGUGGGUUCGUCCGGCGCUCCCCUCUCCCACCUGCACUCCCUUUCCCAGUCUCUGGAAACCACUCUGUCUGACCUCGGCUUCACCGACACUGCCACUGUGGCCUCCCUGCGCCGCCAGGUGACCAACGCUGCUCUGGCUUGUUUUCGCGUUGUCAUGGAGACGGAGUCUGGGAUGACUCCUGAGCAACGCGGCGGAAUCAGUGCUCAAAGUGACCUCAUUGGGGUGGACCUCCUCCUCACUGUUUCCAACUCCGUGAUCAGCACCAUUGUCCUGGGGCUACACCCCUCCCUCUGUCUGCACUCCUCCUUCCAGAAGCCAGGGUUUGGAGGGUCUGGCACUCAGUCUGAUUGCCAUGGUAACCUCCUCCACACCCCGCUCACCCGUUCCCAGUGCUAUUUGAUGGAGGGGAAGACCAUACUGAUCAUCGGAGCAGGGGGGUUCAGCAAAAAGUUUGUCUGGGAAGCAGCGAAGAAAUACCAUCUGAAGAUAAUGCUUGUGGAAUCUGAUCCAUCCCACUUCGCCUCUCACUUAGUGGAUCACUUCUUCCCCCUUCCUGACCUCCCCGACCAUCGUCGUGACGACCAGCAUUGCGUCCGCAUCUGCGAAUGGGUGGCGGCGGCCGGACGUCAGCCUGAUGGGUGCGUUUGCUUCUGGGAUGACUGCGUGAUCCUCACAGCCCUCGUAUGUCAGAAACUCGGGCUCCGGGGCCUCCCUGUCGAAGCCGCCCACAUUGCCAAAGAGAAGAGCAGCACACACCUGCACCUGCUGGGACUCACGAAGGUCAGGCCUGCCUUGUUCGCUGGAGGCAUGCCAGCCAACGAGUCCAACACGAGACCAUUCAUGAAGAAGAAAACUGCUCUCUCUGAGAGCCUGAAUCAUUGCGGAGAGCUCAGGAUGGAGGAGAGAAGCAGACAGUUGGAUUUGAUCAUAGAUGAUGUUGCUGAUAUUGAGAGGAACAGUCUGAGGGCUAUGAUGGAAUUUGGCCGAGACAGAGAGAAAAUGGCGCUCAAAGGGGAGUACGGAAAGACUCAUCAGCCACUUUGUGGUGGUUCUGAUACUCCUGUUUCAACCAGAUUACCCUGCCCUGGAAUGCCCCUUCUGUCCCCUUGCCCCAGUGCCUAUGCUGUACCCUGUGCACACAUUGAAAGCGCUUUGGACUUGAAGAACGCCGUGAACGAUGAAGCGGAGCGACAGAAGGUGAGGUUUCCAGCCAUCAUGAAGCUGGAAUACGGAGCAGGGGCAGUGGGGGUGAAGAAGGUUGAGUCUUUAGAGGAGAGCCUCGCGCAUCUGGAGAAGAUUGCUGGUGACCUGCGGGAGGAAACAGAUUACCCGGGUAUUGGGCUCGGGUUUGGCAAUGCCAUGACCCUGAUGGAGUUCAUCUGUGGAACGGAACACGAUGUAGACUUGCUCCUGUUUGAUGGCCAGCUGGAAGGUGCAUUUGUAUCCGACAAUGGCCCCACGCGCAUGCCCUCCUUCACGGAGACGGCGGCGCAGAUGCCCUCCAGCCUGCCAGCAGAUAAGCGGGAGCAGCUGGUGCAGGCCGCGUACCACAGCUGCCUCGCGUGCGGACUGCGUGACGGCGUCUUCAACGUGGAGCUCAAGAUGACCACCCUGGGUCCGCGUCUCAUUGAGAUCAACGCUCGCAUGGGUGGCUUCUACCUGCGUGAUUGGAUUCAGCAGCUAUACGGCGUAGACAUCCUGCUGGCAGCCUUCAUGGUGGCGUGCGGCAUCCCCCCUCGCCUACCCUCGGCCACAGCCCUCCCCGCGCUGGGCCACUUCGUCGGCAUCAUGUGUGUGGUGUCGCAACACCUGCAGGCCCUGAAGACCAUCGCCCGGCCAGAGCGCCUUCGCCAGCUGCACCAGGAAGGGGCCCUGUGGCUCAACGAGCUGGAGGACGAGAUCAUCUCCGGGGAAUACGAGGAGCCGUAUUGCAAUGUGGCUGUGAGGGGCGUCCGACCUGAUGAUGCCCACCAGCGUCUCCUGGCCCUUUGCCAAGGACUGGGACUGCACUGUCCACCACACUAUGAUCUCGAGUAUUUCUUGUCUCAUUUUAAAUAGAGAAGAGAGCUUUAUGGGCACUUCUGUUAAUAAGGGUUUGCUUCCAGGGGUCAAUGCUUAAAUAGUCAUGAAACAUGAGAAGAGUUGAAGAACAAUUCAAGAUGUUAUGAUGCAGAAAACCCAGUCAUAUUCAUACUAGCUUUAGAUAAAGGUGUUUCUCUUAUUCAGGGUUUUGCUGCCAAGGGUGGAUGUCUGCUGGAUUAAAGAGCAGAGCUGGUGGUUGACUGACCACAACUAGACACUUAAAAGUUGUUAAGAUCAUUAAAUUGGGAGAGAGGUGAGAGGGAUCACACACUGCAACAAUAAAUGAAUAAACUCAUACCUGAUAUAUUAUAAAUGAACCCACUAUUUCCAUUAAGUAUAUCACACAUGCCAAUCCAAAACAUGCACG